UCUACACCAGAUGUUAUAAGUGUCACGUUGUCUGACUUGACGCUGGUCGGCGGGACAGGAAACAAACAAAGAAUUCGGAUUUGAGCUGUCUUACGUGUCAUUCCCAGAGUUUCGGUGAUUCAGAAAUCUCCUGGAGACUUUAGGUGAACGAAUCCCUGCUGGUAGCUGUCUCAUCAUUGAUGAGUUGUGGUCACCCUGGUAACGGUUGCUAAUAGCAGAAGCAUGAAGGCUUUGAUCCUGGUGGGGGGUUACGGGACCCGGCUGCGACCGCUCACCCUGAGUGUCCCCAAACCGCUGGUGGACUUCUGCAACAAACCCAUCCUGCUGCACCAGGUGGAGGCACUGGUCAAGGCCGGGGUGGACCAUGUGGUUCUGGCGGUGAGCUACAUGUCUGAGCUGCUGGAGAGAGAGAUGAGAGUCCAGGAGCAGAGACUUGGGAUUCAUAUCUCUCUGUCUCAUGAAAAGGAGCCUCUGGGAACAGCGGGUCCCCUGGCGUUGGCUCGAGAGCUGCUGAGCGUCGACAACGAGCCCUUCUUCGUCCUCAACUCAGACGUCAUCUGUGAUUUUCCUUUCAAAGACCUGCUGCAGUUCCACCACAACCACGGCAAGGAGGGAACCAUCGUGGUAACGCGGGUGGAGGAGCCCUCUAAGUACGGCGUGGUGGUGUUUGAGGCAGACAGCGGCAGGAUACAUCGCUUCGUUGAGAAACCGCAGGUCUUCGUCUCCAACAAGAUCAACGCUGGCAUUUACAUCUUCAAUCCCAGCAUGCUCAGCAGGAUCCAGCUGAGACCAACAUCCAUAGAGAAGGAGAUAUUUCCUGUCAUGGCAGAGGAGGGACAGCUGUACACCAUGGAGCUACAAGGUUUCUGGAUGGACAUCGGUCAGCCUAAAGACUUCCUGACAGGGAUGUGUAUGUACCUUCAGUCGCUACGACAACACGCUCCUGAGAGGCUACGCACGGGGCCCGGUUUCCUAGGCAACGUUCUGGUGGACCCGACGGCACAGAUUGGGGAGAACUGCACCAUCGGCCCGAAUGUCACCAUCGGUGCCGGCGUGGUUGUGGAGGACGGUGUGAGGAUAAAACGCUGCACGGUGCUGAAAGGAGCGCGGGUUCGAUCACACUCCUGGCUGGAGAGCUGCAUCGUGGGGUGGAGCUCCUCUGUUGGCCAGUGGGUUCGUAUGGAGAAUGUGACUGUGUUGGGGGAGGAUGUGAUCGUGAACGACGAGCUUUACCUGAACGGUGCCAACGUCCUGCCUCACAAAUCCAUCAACGAGUCGGUCCCAGAGCCACGAAUCAUCAUGUAGCAUCGGGUGAAGGAGAAAAGCUCAGCGCCUUUUAUACGAACUCGACUGAACUCCCAAACUGUGCCAGAGAGAGAGACAGAGAGAGAGAGAGGGACAAACAGAUGGGUGGAGGAAAGGAGCAGGGGAGAAAAAGGAACAAAAGAAGGGUUGUUUUUUUGUUUUUUUAUUAAUUUGGACUAGUUUUUAAGCCCUGCUUGGCUGCACCGUCCAUCAAUCAAAAAUAAUGGCAUAUGAUCUGUCAAAAUGCAGCCUGGCCCAUCAGGAAAGUUUAUACUUGUUCUUGUAUACUUCUGUCAGAGCUGCAGGUAAAACAUCAAACACUGUUCUGAAUGUGGCUGAUGGUACAUGUCUCACGUGAACAUUGCUUUAAUAGAGAAAAGGCAAGGGAGGGGGUCGGUUGUCUGUCAAAUGGUGGAGGGAAUAAUGUGAAUUGUAUUUGGGGGGGGGGUUAGAGAGCGAUAUGAACACUGCUGUUUAGAUUGACUAUGCAUUUACAUUUCCUGGACAGCUUCAGAGUAUCGGUGAACAGGCACUAAAGGAUCAUACUACAUCUACAUCUUUCUCUGCUAUAACAGAGACUGGAAUCAUGACUGACGACAUUGAGAUUUAUGAUCUGUCAUAUUAAACAAAAUGCAGUAUUAGUUAUAGUUAAAGCUGCAUUAAUAGAUUCAUUUCUGGCCUCUUGGGGGCAGCAGAUCAAGCUGUAAACACAACAUCAUAUAGCAUAGCAUAUUAUCACCUUUUAUAAAGUUGUUAUGGCGAAUGCUUUGACAAAGAGUUGAUUAUUUACACAUCCAGCAGACACAGACGAACACUAUCAUCCAAUUUGUAUCCACCUGAUGAAUGUAAUUUGAUCCAUUUUUAUAUAAAAAAUAUUGAUUAGUGCAGCUUUAAUCAGUUAUAGAGUAGGUGUCGAUUAUGUCUAAUUGCCUUGGUAAACAGGUUUUUCUGUUGCUUCAAUGCCAAACUGGUUACUGCUCUGUAAAAAGUGAACACAGCUUUUUAUAACAAACUGCAGUUCAUCAAGUAUGUUUACAGAUAUUUGAGUCAGACUGCAUCUGGGAUAUUUGACUUUGAAACAAUGUGUUUCAACAUAUUUUUCAUUCAUGUUUACGUGUUUCUUAAAGAGUAACUUAACACCCCCUGAAAAUCUUGUUUUUGCUGACCUCCAGUGGUUUAACUUCUCACCUUGCUGCAGUGAUGUACAUGUAUACUCCACGACACCGUGACAUCACUAUUGGGUGUGGUUACAGGUGCAACAGAAACUGAAACGGGCUUGAAACUAUCAACCAGACAAUGCAGUUUAGCUUCUGUACGGUGGCCAUUUUAGGACAUUUCAGACUCUACAUUGUCAGGCUCAGCUCAGCUUUCAUCAAUCUAAGCUGUACUUUGUCAUCCUAAACUGUACAUCAGUUAGCUACAGCUAGAAUGUUAACAUGCAGUUAUUGGAUGUUAACAUGCUAAUAUUAUCAUAUAUUGCAUGAUAAUUUAGCUUGUUAGCAUGCUAACAUACAUAUUUUUAGCAUAUUCCCAUCCUCCACCACGGAGACCCAAGUGUCUGGCCACAAGAUCCAUUAAAAGGUGUGCUGGAGCUUUCGAUUGGUUGAUUGAUUUAAAGGUCAAGAAUGAACUUACAAUUUCAAUUCUUAAACCAGCAUGGAUGAGAAGUCCUUAAAGUGCUCAGAAAUAUGGAAAUCUGAAAAUCUACAACUGGGCAACAAACCACCAUGAAUGGACCUUGUGGGUGACUGCUUUGUCAACAUUUGGCUGUGUUCAUGUCCUUGUCGCUGCUCUAAUUACUCCUACUGGCUGGUCCAGGUUCCUGCACAUGGGGGGAGAACUUGGGGUGAAUAGCCUGAACCUCUUCCUACCCUUUUGUAGUUGAAGCUCAUCAUUGAAAGGUGAUAAACAUGCAAACAUUUAGCAUGUUAGCAUGCCAUUUUAGCAUUCAUCUCAAGCUAAGGCUGUUUGGGAAUUCAGUCUUUACUAUUUAGAAAUAUCCUGUCAUGAACUGAAAUGUUGGACAAGUGAAAACUUUGACUUGUUAGUGACACUAGAUUAAAAAGUCAUGAGGAUUCAUCCUUUGGGGGCCAUGAAUUUCUGAACCAAAUCUCAUGGGAAUCCUUCAGAUAGUUGCUAAGAUAUCACCAAAGUGAUGGACCGACAGACUGACUAACAUUACUGAAUUUAACAUCAGACAUUUUGAAUUAGGUAUAUUAACGAACAGAGGGAAGAGUCUGUUUGAGACAGUUUUCGCUCUGAAGGGGAUAGAUUGUUUUGUCAGCUCAGUAGCUCAGAUGCACAGAGGUACUGAUGUGUCUACAUUUGGCUUGUCGUUAUUGACCAUGAACACAUGCAGCAGGUGACGUCAGCUGUCAGUCUGUCUGUCCAGACGCUCUAAACUGAUCUCUGAACAGAAAGCAGUGGUUCCAUGUUGUUAUGCAGUUAGUGAUAAACAGUAUUUAUAACACUGAACAUGUUAAGACUUUAACUGUGUCUGAAUGAAUGAAGUCAAUUCUUGUAAUGAAGUCUUUUUUAAAGAGAAUAAUAUAAUCUACUGACCACA